UCAACACUCACCUCGCUCUCUCUCUCUAUCUAGAAUCUUAAUCUCCUCAAUCGUCCGCCUACAAAUGGUAAAGCCGACCGCCGCAACAGCCACCACUACCUCCGAAGGGGGACAGCCGGGGAACUCGGAGACGAAAUACAAGGGAGUGCGGAAGAGGAAAUGGGGGAAGUGGGUGUCAGAAAUACGGCUCCCCAACAGCCGAGAGAGGAUUUGGCUGGGCUCCUACGACACGCCAGAGAAGGCGGCGCGGGCAUUCGACGCUGCCCUCUUUUGUCUCCGCGGCCACGGCGCCAAGUUCAACUUCCCCGACAACCCUCCGGAUAUCCCCGGUCGGGAGUCUCUCACUCCCUCGGAGAUCCAACUGGUCGCCGCGAGAUUCGCCAACGAAGAACCGCCGAAAGAAUGCUCGGAGUUGGAGUCGCAGCACUCGCAGUCGGAGUCGCACCACUACAACUACACGCCGUCUUGUUCGUUGUCGGAACAGUUGGAGAACGAAACGAUAAUGGACGGAUCGUUUUGGAGCAUAAGGGACUACAGCUAUAUCGAUGGCGGUGGACUCGGGAUUUCUCCGCCAAGCCCGAUGGAUGAGAGUGGCGGCGAAGAGUUUUUUCAGCAGUCGUCAUUCCUCUGGAACUUCUGAGUGCUCCGGCGAAUUUUAACUGACGGAGUUGCUUAUUUUUGCCGGAAAAAAUUGGAAGUUCCGGUAAAUCUAUAUGACCAAGUUUUGGAGGGGGUAUGGCCAAGUUUUAACAUGUGCCAUCGCCCUCUGAUUAAAUUCUAGAUUUAUAACACCAAAGAAUAAUGAUGGUGUAUAUAUUAACUUUAAUUAGUUUGGAAGCCA